AUGCUCAUCCUCCGGGGACGCACGCGACAGUUCAUGAACGAGGGCGCGAUCAUGGACGCGAUCGAGCGCACCGGCUUCGAGGUGGUGCACAUGGAUGAGGCGGCGUCCUGGGCGGACGUGGGCGCGGUGGCGCACAAGGUGGACGCGUGCGAUGUGCUCCUGGGCACGCACGGCGCCGGGCUGACCAACAUGGCGUUCCUGCGCAAGGGCGCCGUGGUGGUGUAG